AUGCUCCGGGGGGGCGCCAAAAAGCUGCUCCGCAGCCUCCAACCCAACGGGAACUACCACUUGACCAAGCUCGGGAAGAGCUUCUUCAAGAACAAGUGGGUGGACUGGGUGGCGCACGUGCCCGUCAUCAUCCGCGGCAUCCGGCGAAACGGCCGGAACCGCGGCAUGCCCUACGAGCGCACGAAGCGCCUGCCCGUCACGGACCUCAACGUCACACUGCCCCCGCAGAGCGAGGGGCUCUCGGAUGCCCAACCGGCCCGGAACCUCAAGGCGUCCGCGCUCGCGCAGCUCGGGAACCCCGAGCCGAACGACAUUAUUUGGGAGCUGUCCGACGAGAGCUACUACUUGGACGCGACGAGGGAGUGGACCUUCAGCCAGCAGGCCAUGCAGGUCGUAGACGACCGGGUGGUGGUGGAGACCGUCCUGGAUCAGCCCCUGGGGGCUCUGCGGGACGUCUCCUACCAGCUGUUCUGCGGCGACGAAAUCCUACAGUCCGCCUUCAAACAGCGGCCGGACAAGCUUUGCGUCCCUCGGCAGCUCGCGGAGCUGAUGCGGCUGCCGCUGCAGGAGGCCCCGAUGUUCUACGUGGACUGCCAGGGCCGCCUGCUGGACAAGUACGAGCCUACCGUCAAGGAGCAGCGGGCCGUGGCCUUCACGAGCUGGAACGGCCACGCCUUCUUCUACAAAUCCGCCCGCACCGUCGCGAAGUGCGAGCCGAUCGGGGAGCGGGCCAGGCACUGUGCCUCGAGUGCCACCGGAACAAAACAGCCUGGAGUCCUCGCACGCCACGACACUGGAGUCGCGCUUCAGCCGGCGGGCUUACGAGCAGUACGUGGAAUCGCCUCGACUCCGCCGCUCGUCUUCAAGCUCAACAGCCACAAGCCGGACCACAUCUGCCACGGUAUAGACGUGGUGCGGUGCCGCAAGAACGGUCUGGCCCAUGCCAAGUUCCCGGCGCCCAUCUUCUGCCCCAAGGACAACGUGGAGCAAGCCCGCGAAGGGCACCUGGCGGACCUGACCUACGUGAGGCUUCGGGAGGACGGGCGUUGGGCGGCGUUCAAGCAGCUCCCCUACGUGGGCCAGGGCUGGUACGCCAAGCCUGCGGUGGCCUACAUGCUGGAAAAGGGCCUUGCCACCUGGCGCGACUUCGUGUACAGCCUGGACGCCACGGCGCACGUGGACCAGGAGUCCGUGGCUCAGGCCCUGCAGAAAAUGGAGGCGGCUUGGCCGGAGGGAGAGGAGCACUACGCGAAGCUGUCGGUGAGUGCCCUCAUCGGGCUCUGGGCACGCAACAUGAACCUCAUCUACACCAUGCGCACCAGCAACCACCAGUUCGACGGCUCCGGGUGCCAGCACCGGGAGCUGUUCCUGGACGCCGCGGGUGGGAUACACUGGGAUCACAUCUACGUGACCCAGUUGUUGUCCAACCGGAGCUGCCGGCCCGUGCGUGCACGACUUCGUGAUGGCCUCGGAGUACGUCGCCGUCUCCAGAAUCCGGGAUGCACUCGCAACCGUGCCGUCGAGGUACCUGAAGGCCGUCAAGACGGACUGCGUCGUCUGCCCAAAAAGUUCCAGGGCCUCGUGGACAGCCUGGUCCGCGAAAGGCAUCCCGACGGCAGCACGCCCGUGUACCGAUGCGAGGAGGUCAAGGGCCUCGAAGGCCAGUAUCGGAUCCCCCGAAUCGAGGCGGAGUGGAUGUGCAACAUUGACACCUGGAAGGUCGCGGAGGUCGUGACCGCCCUCCGGGAAGAAGGGUACAAGGUGAAGAUCAUCACGAAGACCCACUCCUCCGUGCAGAACUUUGGAACGCAGGCGGAGACGGCCGACCACUGGGUGCGGAGCACCGUCCGGAACGGCUACUGCAACAUUGACUGGCUGGUGGUGGAGGAGAUUACGCAGCUCGACACGGGGCUGUGGAACGAUAUCGCCUGCGUCUCCAUGAACCGCAAAGUCAAGUUCCUGCUGCUCGGCGACUUCCGCCAGUUCCCCACCGUCAUGGACAACUUCGCGGGCACCCCGGUGCAGCGGGAGCUCAAGCACUGCCAGCUGCUCCACGACCUCACCGACGGCUGGCACCACGAGCUCACCGAGAACAGGAGGAGCGACCCGAGCUUCCACUUCCUCCGGUGGCUCCGGGUCGACGAGCCCCGGGAGCAGGCCCUCCCGGAAGCGGUCCGGGCGGCCCGGGAAAGGUUUCCGCGGCAAGGCGAGCCCGAUGUCAGCCUGGUCAUCUCCCACGCCCACCGCAUCAGGAUCAAUGCGCGGGACAACCGUCGCCUGGCCCCGCCGGAAGCUGUGACGAUCGAGUACACCGGCACUGGCCCGACGACCACCAACAUGCCGCAGACCAUGCGGGUCUGGCCCGCCCUGAAGCUCAUCGGCGUCGGCGGCCGCGUGACCAAAGGCAUCUACGUGCAUGUGGCCGACGUGGGCUCCGAGAAGAUCGUCUUGGACGGCGGCGUCCUUCACCCACGCCGCCCUCCUGAAACACACCCGGCUGUGCCACGCCACAUCACUUACGCCUCGUGUCAAGGCCUGACGCUCAGCCCGCACUUCUAUGUGGGGAGCAGCAGGGCCACCAGCAGCGAGCUCCUGAGCAUCGCCAGGAUCCUCCAGCGGCUGCUGGUCAGCGUCCCAGAAGUGGACUCGGGACAAAUCGACCUUGAGCUUGAUGAAGCUGUUCCGAAGGAGGUCUGA